CUUCAUUCCACAUCUCCCCUAUCUCAUCACUUGAUUUACACUCAAUCUGGCCAUCAUGAUAUCGCCCACGUCCCGCUUCCUCUCCAACUCAUGGCGAAGCUCGAUAAUUCUGCAGACCCAAUCAAUUUUCAAUCUCCGUACACAGAGAUCAUUUUCUGCAACGCCAUGGAGACUUCUCAGAACUACAGAGAUGACAGACGAACAGUUAGCAAGUGUGAGAAUUGAUCGGCAGAGGUUAUGGAAAGACAUCCAUACCACCUGCGAGUGGGGGAAAGGCGAGAAAUGGGGACCAGAAGAAACAAACAUUGGCAUGUCACGCCUGACAUUGAGUGAUGCUGACAAGCAAGCCCGAGACUGGUUUGUGGAGACGACAGAGUCAUUAGGUUGUAAAGUUACAGUAGAUGCCAUGGGAAAUAUUUUUGCAGUCCGUCCUGGGAAGAAAGACGGCCCUCCUACAUUCGCUGGUUCACAUCUUGAUACACAGCCAACAGGUGGAAGAUACGAUGGUAUUCUAGGAGUUCAUGCUGGUAUUGAAGCUCUGAAAGCCAUGAACGACCAUGAAAUUUCGACCGAAUUCCCUACAGGAGUCAUUAACUGGACUAACGAGGAAGGUGCUCGAUUCCCAAUUUCCAUGGUUUCGUCAGGAGUUUGGGCUGGAGCAUUUCCCAUCGAGAAAGCCUAUGACCUCGUCGAAGUUGGAGGCGGGAAAGCCACUCAGAAGUCUGAACUAGAACGAAUAGGAUAUCUUGGUUCCACCGAAGCGAGUUAUAAAGCAAAUCCCAUUGGCGCUCAUUUUGAGCUGCACAUCGAACAAGGACCCAUCUUGGAGAGUUCAGGUGGAAAAAUUGGAGCGGUUGAGGGCGUCCAGGCGUAUAAAUGGUUCACAGUCACAGUUCAAGGAAGAGAUUGUCAUACUGGAACAACAGACUUCCAAAAUCGGUCAGAUGCUAUGCUUACAGCAGCCAAGUUGAUCUUGCAUAGUCAUAACAAAGCUUUCGAGCUGGGCUGCUUGGCUUCAACGGGUAUCCUGACCUUGAAACCAGGGUCGACGAAUACAGUUCCUGGGCUCGUUCGGUUCUCUUUGGAUAUAAGAUCGAAGGACGAUGCAAAACUGCAGCGUCUCGAAGAGGCUUUGAAGGAAGACUUUUCUGAGAUCGCAGACGGGAAGGAUAUCGGAGGACUAAAUACUCUAGGAACAAAAGGGAGAGGUUGUACAAUGGAGUGGCAGCUAGACACAGAUUCCCCAGCCACUAAGUUCCAUGAGGAUUGCAUCAAAUGUGUUGAAGCUAGUGCUGCAGACAUGCUAGGGACGAAGGCCUCAGCACAAGUUCAGAGGAUGACUUCUGGAGCUGGCCACGAUAGUGUAUAUACUUCACGGCGCUCCCCAACUUCGAUGAUAUUCGUGCCAUGCAGAGACGGUGUCAGCCAUAAUCCAGCGGAGUACUGCAGUCCGGAAGAUUGCGGCAAUGGAGCACAAGUGCUUCUCGGCGCGAUGUUGCGAUAUGAUCGCUUGAGAGCAGAGAAAGGAGCAUGAUCGAAAAUAGGUUAACAAUCCUUUGUAUAAUGUCCGGAAUAGCACAAAAUUUCACAAGC